AUGUCAUAUUUCACCAGCCCAGAGUUCCUCCGAGUCCUCGUUCUCGGCCUGAUCACCAGUCUACACAUGACAUGGCGACGGCUCGUCAACCAACUCGUCCCGGUUCCCUACCUGGAUGAGUUCUUCCAUGUGCCUCAAGCCCAGGCCUACUGGCUAGGCAAGUGGACACAAUGGGAUCCGAAAAUCACCACUCCGCCCGGCCUCUACAUCUUCUCCUACAUGGUCAACUCCGUGCGAGACUUCGUCUCCCUCGAUUUCAAACCAUCCCUGAACGAAUGGAGAUCCACCAACGUCCUGCUGCUCUACAUGUUACUUGUCGCACUGUACAUUCUUACGGCCGUGGAAAGGAAGACAGUCAGCCACGAAAGCAUCCUACAGCGCGAGUUCAGCAUCAUUCUGUUUCCCUUGAUCUUCUUCUUCUCUGCUCUGUAUUACACCGACCUGUUCAGCGUCUUCACGGUCGUUCUGGCUCAAAUCUUCUGGUCUGCUGGCACCUCCGCAAAAGGAAGCAGCAAGUUUCUGUACCAAGCACUUCAUCUGGCUGCUGGCCUGGUGAGCCUUGCGACCAGGCAGACCAAUAUCUUCUGGGUCGCGGUCUACCUGGGAGGACUACAGGUGCUUGAAAGCGUCAGACGAGAGAUUGGAGUCGAAAAGCUCCAUGAUCCUCCUGUGUCUGAAGCAUACUUUGAAGAUGUCCCUACCACGAGUAUCUCCCUAGGUCAGUCCGCAUUCAUACUGGUCCCGCGACUGCUUCUGGACUUAUGGCCGCAACUGUCCCUUCUCGGCGCGUUCGCGGGUUUCGUCGCCUGGAAUGGCGGAGUCGUCCUCGGUGACAAAGACAACCACAUCGCAACGCUGCACCUCCCUCAAAUGCUCUACAUCUGGCCGUUGAUCGUCUUCUUCUCCUGGCCUGUCUUGCUCCCGCAAUUUGUUCACCUUCCGACCUUCCGCCAGCGUCUGCCUAGAUUGAGCACGACUCUGGUCAUUCUCACCCUUAUGCUCGUCACCGUCAACUUAAACACCAUCAUUCACCCAUUCACUCUCGCUGAUAAUAGACACUACACGUUCUACGUCUUCCGGAUCCUGCGACAACACUGGCUUCUGAAAUACGUCGCCGUGCCUGUCUAUUAUGUCUGCGCUUGUCUGGUCCUUGGAGCUCUUGGUGGACCUACGACGGAACCACGACGGCCACAUCAAUCACCAAGUCGCGUCUUGUAUGGAGACGAAACCGUGCGGGUGAGUUGGGUGCUGGUCUGGUUUGUUACUACGUCGUUGUCGCUGGUCAGCGCCCCGCUUGUCGAGCCUCGAUAUUUUCUUAUUCCCUGGCUCACAUGGCGCAUGGCCGUGCCGGAAUAUAUCCCCCAAUCGUCCAACGAGGAAAGCAAAGCUGUGUCAGAGAAGAAAAGCUCUUCUGGCCAUGGUCCUCUAGCGCCUCGCUCCCCAACCAGCCUGCAGGCCAUCUUACGAGUCGCGGCCUCGUACUCGAAUGCUAUCGAAUUGACAUGGUACGCCAUGAUCAAUCUCGUCACCUGCUACGUGUUCUUGUAUAGAGGCUUCGAAUGGCCACAGGAGCCGGGGAGCGUGCAACGGUUCAUGUGGUAG